AUGGAACGAUCUUUAACGAGUCGGUCGUCCUACUUCUUCUUCCCGGACUACGAGGAUCAUUUCCCAGAAGAUCCCAACAAGCGCGAAGAAUCGAUCCCCUUCCCGGAUAGUCCUACCUACGACGCGAAAUUCACGAGGCCCGUGCCAUGGGUCAGAUUCAAACACCCCUCGUCCCCUCCUGGCGAUCUAUCUGGGAACCGGGAAGCAGAAGCCGACCUGAUCCUCCGAUACCUUUACGAGGCCACACAGGGCUCUAACCUCAAUCAACUCUCCGACGAUUUCUCGAAACCCUCUAGCUCCUCAAUGUCUUCCAGCUUCCCAAAUCACUCGGCCCGACUCCCACUCGUCACUUAUCUCAAGAAGCUCUGGCGAUCUAGUUAA